AAAAAUUCAUUUUCAACCAUUUCCUUGCGCUCAAGCAAAAUGCAUUGUGCUCGCGAAAUAUGUUUCCUGGUCAUUUUUGGACACAUUUCAUUCUUCACGAGCGCCAAAAUGUCUCAUCAACAAACUAGUAGGCUCGAAAGGUUCUACUCUCUGAAUUGUAGCUGCACAGACAGAUCAGAGAGUUUGAAUGCACCGAACGGAUGGCGUCCCGACCGGGAGUCAUAUUUGCCGAUUCAAUCUGCUGCUAGUUCGAGCUCUGCAGACAUACGGCUUGUGGAAGACCUAAUGAUGGAUGGAAACAUUGUCGGAAUGAUGCAUUUGGAUGUAAGGCAAGUCAACACGGAUUUUCAGAACCCGCUUAGAAUAAGUAUUGAAUCGGAAGCCGGAAUUGUAUCAGGCCACUUUUUCAACUUCUACAACCAUAAGCCAACUUUUAAACUGGACACCAAUGACCAGAAAUCAAUUUCACUCUCUGGUGGGUCGUUGACAGCGCCAUACGUCAUGGAUCAAUUUCAUUUCCAUGUCUACUGCACAAGGGAAGAGGCUGAGCUCAGUACGCUCGAUCGGGUACAAGUACCUGGCGAGUUACACCUAGUGUUCUUCCGAGAGAAAUAUCAGUCUUAUAACAAGGCUAUGCACAAAUUUGAAGAUGGGCUUGCCGUCAUUUCAAUUUACUUGGAGGUCGGAGAGGGCUUCAACACCACAUACAGCGAUCAGAUAGCACACUUCUUAUCUCAUGUGGAUUACAUUUCACAAAAUGAAAAUCACACGGUGCCAACAACUGCGUCAGUCAAACAGUUAGCGGCCCCUGUUUUAAAGAAGCAUGGGCAGUACGAUGCGUACCGAGGAAACUUAGUGGAACCUAUCCAAUGCAGUGAUUGUGUGGACGUUCUCGUGAUGAAAGAACGAUUUAAAUUGUCCGUUAAACAGUUGACUGAAUUCAGGAAGGCACCACACUGUAAGGAAAAUGACUGGGGGUUUUAAGAUCUGUUUAAGAGUACCUUUCGAAUCCAGCUGCUGGAAUUUUUUUAACACUGAACGACUGGACCACUAGGUGAUGGAAACACUGAAAGAAUAAACCAAUAACAAAAACAAAAAACCGAAAAAAGGGACCAUUGAAAUGCCACAGCUGAAGUAAAUGACACUUCUAACCCUGGAGCUGAGAUGGAACAAAUUAACAUUACCUUUCUCGAUGCUUGUAAAAAUCGUUCGUGCGUUUUCGUGCGAUCAAGAUUUUUUUCAUUUUGCGUCAAACUUGUAGCUAGCAAUCCAGAUCCUCUUGAAAAAAAAUAGUUCUAACCUUGAUUUUUUUUAUGCAGUUUAAGUCGAGUUUUGAAUUUUCCGACCCUUAAUUUAAAACUCGAGCUAUGAGGGAAGCCUCCGACAAAGUUAGAACAUUGUUUAUCAUUCAUAUUCCUGCGGAGAAAAUUGUCCGUCGAGUCGUGAGUCUUUGAAAUCUUUGAAAAUAUGGCAUAUUGCCACUUCACCUCCAUUGUUUAUUUUUUAACAAAAGUAACAUAACUAAUUGGUAUAAUGGCUAAGUAUUGAGUGUGACCAUAAGAGGAGAGGUUAAUGUAGAAUUUUGCUUAUGUAAUUAAAAAGGUGGGUUUCUUAAUGUU